AUGUCCACCGCCAAACGUACGGAUAGAGACCGUGACAAUGCUCUAGAUAAGAUUGCUUUUGUUCAGCGAUACCAUACAGGCAUUGAAUUCAUUGGGAUUAGUCUUCUUGAUUCAAUUAUCCCCUUACGAUCCAAACCCGAAUCCUGGGAUAGCUUCGAUUCCUGCGAUUCCUCAACACAGCAGACCCGCUCGAGCUCCCUAUGUAAUCCAUUGGGAUGUCAACAACAAUCCUGUUUACUAUAA